AAGCAGCUAUAAGUGUUCGUCACCACUGCCUCAGCUCAGGCAGAGGGGAUUAUGGCAUGUACUUGGAAGGAGACACGAGAGAGGCUUUUGCUAUUCUUAAUCUGCAUAGGUAUAGGCAUAGGUAGCAAUAGCUACUCCUGUGCAGGACCGCUCAGACAGGUCUCUGUCAUCAAUGUUAACUCUCUGAGUCAUUUUGUUUUCUUUUCUCUUUGAACAAGCAUCUUCAUAGCUGCCAGGAUGGAUCUUGGUAAGGCAAAGCUGCUUCGGACUGGUCUCAACACUCUCCACCAAGCCAUCCACCCUGUGCACGGGAUAGCAUGGACGGACGGCAAGCAGGUCUGCCUGACAUCUCUGUAUUUCAUCAACGGCGAGGUGAACUUUGGGGACACAAACGUUAUUGGGCAGUUUGAGCACGUUUUCGGGCUCUUCUGGGGCCCGCUUUGUUGCCCUGACUCCCCUGCCUUGCUGGCUGUUCAGCACAAGAAGCAUGUUACCGUGUGGCAACUGCAGCUCAGCGCGCUCGAGCAGAACAAGCUGCUGUGCACUCAGACCUGUGAGAUGAGUGAACCCUUCCCGUUGCUCUCACAAGGCUGUGUGUGGCAUCCUAAGCUGGACAUCCUGGCUGUGCUGACCAAGAGGGACACUUCUGUGCUGUUUUCUGUCAGAGUGGACAACAGGAGAAUCAAAGCGGACAUCAAAGGUAGCGGACUUAUCCACUGUGCUUGUUGGACUAAGGAUGGUACACGCCUGGUGGUGGCUAUAGGGAGUUCUCUUCACUCUUACAUCUGGAAUGACAUCCAAAAGAGUCUGGUGGCCUGCUCCUUCUGCCCCAUAUUUGAUGUGGGAGGCUACAUUUGCGCCAUCGAGGCCACAGGGGAGGCUCAAGUAGCCGUGGCUACGGAGCUGCCUCUGGAUAAAAUCUGUGGGUUAAACGCCGGCAUGGCCUUCGACAUGCCGACAGAAGCGGAGUCCCUGCAAAGCCACGGCUCGCAUGUGGUCUUGUCAGAAGAAGACCACCUUAUAGACUCGAGAAGACGAUCUCUUGAAUCAGAGAGGUCCUACAUCCCCAGCUCAGGCCCUCUGGACCUCACCCACCUCUUAGCAAGGCACCGCCGCUCUGACCCCAGCCCUCUUAUUCACCUGCGUCGCAGAGACACUAUGACAGGCACUGGCCAGGACUCCUCACACCUCAUCCUGGUCAAGUAUGAGCGCAAAGUCACUACCAGCCGUAAAGUCAGCAUCCCAGGGAUUUUGGUUCCAGACAUUGUGGCUUUUGACCCACGUGGUUCCACAGUUGCAGUGGCUUCCAACACCUGCAGCAUGGUUCUUGUGUACUGCAUCACAGCCUCUGCCAUGCCGAACAUUCAGCAGAUCUCUCUGCAGACGAACGAGAGGCCCAAAGGAGUCUGCUUCCUCAACGACAAGAUGCUGCUGAUGAUGGUGGGCAGGCAGAAGUCCAACGACCCUGCCUUCCUUCCAUCUUCUAACACAGAUAAAUAUAUCCUUCGUCUCGUAGCCAAAGAGCUGAUGCUGGACGGGGAGACUCCCAUCGCACCAUCCCCCUCUCCUCACAACCACGAGUCUACUUCUAAUUUCUGCGCAGGGAUUAGGAGGCACUCGGAGCACCUAUCUAAGGAUGACAGGGAGCGCCCAGGGAUAAAGGACUUGGUGUUACCUGGAGGGGGAGUUGUUCGUUCACCUAGCAACAGGCGCAGGCUGGUGGAGGAGGUGAGGAGCGGCGAGCCCAGCCCCGUCACCAGCUCUGUGGACUUCUCCGACAGAGCAUCAGCCGUGUCCAGUGCCUCCUCCAUAACGGUGGAGAAUUUCGACAUGGACCACGUCAACCGCAUGACCAGCCUGGCGGUGGCCGGCCAGCUCAGCAGGGACUCCAGCCGGGCCAGCUCUCCUCGCCUGGAGCCUGCAGACAAGCUCCACACAGAACCGACACUGCCCAUGCCUGAAAAGCCCCCGAGCCACGCUAAGGAGCGGGCACUGGAGCAGCUGGUUCAAAACAUGGAGAGGCUUUUUACACGCUUCGCAGAUGUACAGCAGUGCCUGACAGAAAUCAGAGAUUAUACCCAGAAUGGCAAGAAGGCCCUGAGCGUCUACCCCAAUGCCUGUGAACCCCCGUAUGUCAACGUCACCUGUCAGAAGCAGUUAUCAGAAAAUGUGUUUAUUGAUGAGCGGAGGCCGGUGCUGCUGUGUGACGGGAAGCUGUGUCUGCGUGCCCUCCAAGACCUCUUCAACCUGACUAUUGUGGAGAUGAUGUACGGUCCGUUGUGGAUCGUACUCGUAGCAGACGCAGACGGCUUUGUGCCUCUGACGUUCAAGCCCAAAGAGGAGCUCACGGUGCGGAACGGGAAGAGGAAAACAACCCUACGGACUCCUGGGAGUCCGGACAGCUCCGUCCCAUCCAGUCCGGCCCCCGGCCAAAGCCCCAGCAUGAACACUGAGUCUUCCACAUAGUGCCUCUGAACACACACCUCAAUUUAUGGACUUGUGCAGUUGUAUUCAUGUUACUUUAAUAUAUCUGGCUGGAUCCAAGCAUGCAAGGCACUUGGAUCUGAACUGAAGAUGCAGAGUCUCAGUAAUGCAAAUAGAUACAGUCGGUGUCUAGUCAUAGUUGGGGGGCGUCGUCAGAGAGGAGGAAACAGUCCUUUCCUAAGCCUGUAAAUGCUGGGACAGACUAUUACAUUUACUUUAGAUAUGAUUAAUUCAACUUACCCUUCAGCCAUUAUUUCCACGAUGUAAUAGACAACCAAGUUUUUUGAAUUCCAUGCACAUUUCAGGACAGUAUAGCAGCUCUAACGCCAUUAGCCUAUGUUUUGACGAUGUGCUAUAGAGUUAUCAUGCACAAUUUGAAAUUUAAAGAACACUAGGUCCUUGGAAGUUCACUACUUUUUUACCUGUGGAUAAACAAUCUAACGCUGUUUGGAAAAAGAGUUUGUUCCUUUUUGUUUAACCCGUCACAGCCCUGAAAUCACCAUCAUCAAACUCACCAGACUCCAUUUAAAAAAACAGUGAUUUUAGCGUGUAUAGAGCCAACAUGUUUUCACAUGUAACUGGGUGACAUAAGGGUUAUUUUGACCAAACCUGAGCUGGUGGUUGUGGGAACAGUGAAAAGAUGAACCAAGAUGGCUCCUGUGAGUUUUAUUUUGUUUCUAUCAACUUAAAACGAAGUGUGUUUUAUGAUGCUAAAAUUACUGAUUAUUUACAUGGAGUCUGGUGGGUUUGACGGUAGCGAUAUUAAGGCUGUUUCUAGUGAAGGAAAAAGGUUCUUACUCUUUAACAGAAAGGUCUAUCUCUGUCGGGUCCCGUCGAUAAUCUUGUCAGACACUUGUAUUAACAAUAUGAGCCUGUCAUUGGCAAAAAUAAGCACCUUUAGUUUUAAAAAAUGUUGUUCCCAUUAAUCACUUUGUCACAGGAUCAUGGGAAUAAAUGAUCCAAGUUGAAAAAUACCGUAACUCUGGAUUUUUAUUCGACAUGCAGAAAGCCACUCCCCCUGGGUGUAAAAGAAUGUGACGUUUGGUUGGCGCUCCCAUAAAUCCCGACUGUAUCUACAACCAGAGUUAUAAUUUCAGACUUAUUUUUGUAUUGAACAGUAGUGGGGAGAUUAAAAAAGCUGCCUGUUCAGAUGUCAUGUUUACAUGUUGCUGCUUUAAAGUGAACCUGAGUGAAGUUUGAGCACUGAGCCAUGUUUUUUCUUUUACUUUUUUUGUUGACAAAAUGCAGUGCAGUUGUGGAGGACACCAAAUGUAGUGCCAUUGUGCUCUACUAAUGGCUUUGAGUACUUCUUUAGAGAUUACUUUAAGUUUAAGACUGCUGUUCUGGUGCAGGAACAAUAGAGGCUAAUGUACUGUAUGUAAAUGUUUCCUAUUUGUUGUUACUGGAGUCCUGCAGGAAUCCCUGCUUGUAUGAAAGUCAGGUUUUACCCAUAAAAUGUCUGUACUGGCACUUUUAUGCUGAAUGUGUAAUUUAACUUUGUUAUACAACACUCUAGGUUAAAUAUAUUGAUAUCAUAAAUGGUGAGGAGAACACAGUUGAAACUUGUUAUUGUUACUGUGUUACUGCGCUUGUUAUGAAGCGCAGUAACACAACUGCCCACCAGAGGGGACAAGACUCAACAGAAACUUCCAUGUCAUCACUAUGCAGUGUUGCUCAUAGCUCCAUUGAAGACCAAAUAAGUGAAAGUGUAUCUUUUGGUAGCUUUUUCGAUAUUAAAUCAUAACUACAAGCAUAA